CGCCUUACAAACAGCCAAUCGGAAGGGCAGUGGCAUUGUUGUUGUCCUGUCACAGGGGGUUGCGCCGCGGAGCAGCUCGCCCAGCCCGCUGCUACUGAGUGAGAGUCUUGGGGAGGCCCGCGCCCCUUCCUCUGGGUCGCGCCUUCGCCGCCGCCGCAGCGGGCGGGGCGAUGCAGCCUCCAGGCCCCCAGCAGCCGCCCCUCUAUGCGCCCAGCAACGGGGACUUCACCUUCGUCUCCUCGGCCGAGGCGGAAGGAAGUACUACUUCACACAAUGCACAAUCAACCUGUGGAACUUGUUGCUGGGAGAUGUUGUGAAAGCCAAAAGUAUACUGGGUUCAGAAAAGAAUUAGAUCUUAGUGGCUCUAUAGCAUCUCCAGAUGUUAAGCUAAAUCUUGGAGGAGGAGGAGAAGGAGGAGAAGAGUUCAUCAAAGAAUCUACUGCAACAACAUUCUUGAGACAGAGAGGAUAUGGCUGGCUUCUGGAAGUAGAAGAUGAUGACCCAGAAGAUAACAAGCCACUCCUGGAGGAACUGGACAUUGAUCUGAAGGAUAUUUACUACAAAAUUCGAUGUGUGUUGAUGCCUAUGCCAUCUCUUGGGUUUAAUAGACAGGUAGUGAGAGACAACCCUGAUUUUUGGGGCCCUCUGGCAGUUGUCCUCUUCUUCUCAAUGGUUUCAUUAUAUGGACAGUUCAAGGUGGUUUCUUGGAUUAUAACUAUAUGGAUAUUUGGAUCCUUGACAAUUUUUUUAUUGGCCAGAGUUCUUGGAGGAGAAGUUGCAUAUGGGCAAGUUCUUGGUGUGAUAGGAUAUUCUCUACUUCCACUCAUUGUAAUAGCACCUAUCCUCUUGGUGGCUGGAUCAUUUGAAGUUGUAUCUACACUAAUAAAAGUACAAGACCCAAGAGUAAGAAUCUUGCAAGAUGACAUUCAGAGAAGCAGAAUUACAGCUGUUUGGAGUCUUUUGGGCUGCAUACAGUGCUGCUUCAUUACUAGUUGGAGAAGAAUUUAAGACUAAGAAGCCCCUUCUGAUUUAUCCAAUCUUUUUAUUAUACAUCUACUUCUUGUCCUUAUACACCGGGGUGUGACCUGAAGUGUUGGAUGUGGCCAGAAACAAUAUUUUAUUCACAUGCAGACUGGUAAAACAUAAAAUUAAGGAGGCUGGAGAAAAUAGGAGUGACUGUUUUGUAUCCAGUUGUUGAAAGGUUUUAAGACUUAAACACACAUUUGUGUAUAUUAUUUAAUUAAGCAGUUAUAGCUAUGUGGAUUUGUAUCAGAGUUCUAGGUUUAAGAUUCUUUAGAUUUUCAUGAACUAAAUAUAAGAACUUUGUGUUUUAUAAGAUUGUGUAGCAAAAAUACAGCUUGAUACCUGUGCCAUAAGCACCAGGACCAGAUUACUAUAUUACAUUGAAUGGGAAUAUGAAAAAAUAUUGGUAAUGGUCUCAAAGUGCAAUUUUUAUUUUCUGUUAAAUACAGCUGGCUUUUUUGGCACAGCAAAUUCUGUAUAUAUUUAUGAAACAGUCCUGAUGGCUCACAGAAUAGGCUCUAUAAUUGAGACAUGACGAUAUUAGUAUGUUUUAUGUUAGAGCCCCAGAUUUCUUUUCUUUUAUUUGGCUUUUGAGAUUUUAUAAAUUCUAAUUUACUUUGGGAAGAAAAGUGUACAUGUGUAUUUUGUAUCUCUUGCUUGUGUGUAGCAUAUAUACUCCUUGUUUAAGGAUGUAUAUUGGGUCUUCAACACUUGAAGACCCAAGCAUUUGAAUUAAGAGUUGCAUUUAUAUCUCUGCCAAAUGGAGCAAGACGUACACUAUGUGACAUUAAUUCAUUAAAUGGUUUAUUUGCAGAAUCAAAUUAUUUUAUAUUUAACAAGUUCUGAACUUGAAGUCACACAAAAACAACUUUCAACUGCAGCAUUGGAAUAAGGUCUGGGAGAACAAAGAUAAUGUAUCAAAUUUGUGACCUUGAGCAAUGUUUUAAAAUGACAAAAUAAACAGACUACUUCUCUAA